GUUUUUUCCAGGUAAGAUUUUUCUUGAGUAAAGUUUACAUUGAAGUACGUGACAGUUUCGGACGUUAUCUGUGAACUGCGGCCGGCUGAGGUUUAAAUUGUGUUCAGAAGAAAACGUUUGAUUGUGAGAAGAAAUGGCGGCAGACAGACACGACCACGCCAGAGACUCGGACGGAUCCAUGGACGGAGACUCGGGUAAAAUCAGCCCGCUGGGGGGGGAGGACGACUUCAAGGCGUCCUGCGCCAAAGAGAUGGCUCUGCUCGCCCUGAUGGAGAAGACGGGCUACAACAUGAUGCAGGAGAACGGACAGAGGAAGUACGGAGGACCGCCGCCAGGCUGGGAGGGCCCGACCCCCCCGCGGGGCUGCGAGGUCUUCGUGGGGAAGAUUCCCAGAGACAUGUACGAAGACGAGCUGGUGCCGCUGUUCGAGAGAGCCGGCCGGAUCUACGAGUUCAGGCUGAUGAUGGAGUUCAGCGGAGAGAACCGCGGCUACGCCUUCGUCAUGUACACCAACAGGGAGGCGGCGCAGAGAGCCAUCCAGAUGUUGGACAACUACGAGAUCCGUCCGGGGAAGUUCAUCGGCGUGUGCGUGAGCCUGGACAACUGCCGCCUCUUCAUCGGCUCCAUCCCCAAAGACAAGAGGAAGGACGAGAUCAUGGAUGAGAUGACGAAGGUGACAGACGGGGUGGUGGAUGUGAUUGUGUAUCCCAGCUCCACAGAUAAGAGCAGGAACCGAGGCUUCGCCUUCGUCGAGUACGAAUCCCACAAAGCUGCGGCCAUGGCCCGGAGGAGACUAAUACCUGGAACCUUCCAGCUGUGGGGUCACUCCAUCCAGGUGGACUGGGCCGAGCAGCCGAGGAAAGACGUGGCGAGAGGUCACGCAGCGAGUCGCUCAGAGUGCCUUUACAGACGCCAAGUGUGA